ACUAGUAGUAGUAGCAAAAAAUACACAGAAAUAGCACUCAUCUCAGAGCAACGAGUUUGAUCUGUCAUUACAAAUUAAAUAAAUAAAUAAAAUAAGAUAAAACAAUAAUAAUAAUAAUAAUAAUAUUAAUAAGGAAGCUCUAAUAAUAAUAACAAUAAAUAAAACAUCCAAAGAAAAGCAAUGAAGUGAGAGGACACUGAGAGUGAACAAAUUGAAUGUUUAAUUUAAAAUACUGAGUGAAUAAAACAAACACAAUAAACACAACAAAACCCACUCACUUAAAAAGCCAAGAAGCAAAUGAUAAUAAUUUAAAAAGUAAUAAAGCAACCACCUAUAUAUUCUAAACACAUAAUUUGUAUAUACUAUAAAAACGUCCACUGCUAAUUACAGUCUUUGUAGAUAGGGCUGUAAACUAAAGAGGAGAAAACAAAGCAAUGAUCAGUAAUUACUCAUCUGCAAUAAAAGGGAGAUUUGCACUGCUGGCUCCAUUAAAAACCCACUUAAUGUAACAGAAAUAUUACAAGACCCUGCAACAAUAAUAAGGUCUCAGCAGAGGAAAACAUUAAAGAGAAUUACACUCUGGCUUUAAACUUCCUUCAUGAGUUCAGCACCUCUUAAAGACUUUGGUAAACAGGAGCCAACAGGACAACGGCUUCAUUACUGUCCAUUCAGCCAGUUACCUCACUGGAUCCCAGUAAACAUAUAAAGGUUAUUACUGUGGUAUUAUGAGUGCAGCAGUUGUAGUUUUACUCUGACACUCACUCUUCAUCCUGCCCCACUCCUCUGACUGUAGACUCACAGUUGAUCUGGGACAAAAACUCAGGCCAGGAUUUAAAGUGCAUCCAUCAUUGCCUUAACAGACACUUGACAUUCAGUCUCAUGUGGAGGAAAAAAGACUAACUGCAGAAGCCACAAGUUUCUGAUAUACUUUCACUUUGGUGGAAAGAAGAAGAAUCACUGAUUCUGGUGACAUGCUGUACUUCACUCUUUAUGGGUUUUGCAUUCAGCUGAAUUACAUCAGUCAUUUCCUUUUUUGUCAUCCCUUUUCUAAGAAUUACAGGUGCCAUUUUAGCUCAGGCUAUCCUUUGAAGACAGUUUAAGCAACUUUGGAUUUUUGUGCUUUUCUCAAUACCUUGUAAAAUUCCUUCAGUUCUUUGUUGUUGUUGUUACUGGUUGAAGUUCACCAGAAAAUAUUUAUUCUGUAAAAGAAAAGAUGUAUCUGCAGCACUAGAUGGGGAUGUAGCAAAUAUCAGAUAAACUAAUUUAAAGAUGAUUAAUGUGUUGCUGAUCAUACAGCACUGCAAACUGAUAAUAAAAGACAGAUAGGGAAGGAAGACAAAUAUUUCUUUUUAUAACUAAUAAUAAUAAUCAUAAAUAUAGCCUCAAGUGGCUAUUCCGGGUUUCAAGCCAGCAUGCACCUUUUAAAGUUGAGAGCUGUGUAAGAUCAAGACCUUUGACAGUUUAGGAUGCCUGCAUUAAACAUAAACAACAAAUUUGAUGACAAUCAGACAGAUACACAUUCAUUAGAGUCCAAACCUCUGCACGCUCUUCUUUGGAAACUGGCAAAACAUUUUGAGGACAUUCUUUAAUGGCUGAGUUAAAAAGUCCACUGAGUUUGGCGAUGAUUAAUCAAACCCUCAUUGAUUUUUGGCCAAAUUUUAAGAAAGACCAUUGCACUUGUUUGGAACAGGUAGCGCCCCCAUUUACUGAUUUUAACACACGUGGGUCAUCAUUAUUGUUUAACAUACCCUGCAAGUUUUGUAAUGAUUCGACAGUCAGUUUCUGAUUUCUAGUCUGAUUUGUGUUGUCCCAAUCUUAUUUUUUGCAUGUGUGGUGCCCCCUCGUGGUCCAUUUCAAUGGAACUUUUGCUUGCAAGGUUUGUGAUGAUUGACCAAAAGGUUGUGGAAUUAUGUGCUGAAUAAAACUUUCAGGGUGUGAUUCAGGUACUUUUGCAGACAUGUUCACUUUGUGGACAGAACCCCAAUAAGAGGCAUCUCACAAGACAGUUAUAAAACAAGCAGUAAUGCAUCCAGACAACAUAAAAUCAAACAAAGCAGUAAAUAUGCAGUAAAAAGUUAAUAAAAUAAUGAGGUAGGCCUAUAGAAUCAUAAUCAUGAAGUCUGUAGGCCUAUCAGUGCAAAACUCAAUUUCGGUGUUACCACUAGAGUCAGAAUAAUAAUGUUGGGGAAAAAUGUAUUAAUACAUUUAAAAUAAGCAUUUUUUUUCUUGAAUAAUGUUCAGCAAUAUAUGAAACGACUUUCUUGUUAAUAUUUCUUAAUUUGUUUUAUUGCCUAAUAUUUCUGUCCAGUGUGAGAUACCCCUGACUUUUUUUUUAUUUUUUGUAUUAUUUUUAUAUUAUUCUUUGUAAGCUGUACUGAAUCUGUGCUAUGUUCUUUUUUUAAAUUAAUGAAAUAAUAAUAAUUUAAAAAUCCAGCGUUUAUGUAAACUAUAAAGCUGUAUAUUUUAUAAUUUAUUUACACCUUAAUCUUUGGCACAUAUGUGUGUUGUUGUGUAUUAUUGCACAGUUUUGCAGUAAAUAAAUACAGAUAUUUUUUCACAGAUUUUAGAACGACGCUGAUUUAUUGAUUACGUAAGAUGACGUAAGCACGUCCGCAGCCUAGCAGCAGAAAAGACGGCGUAAACAAAGCAAAGAGCUACAAGUGAGCUAACGCUAAAGUUAGCUCAUUCUUCGUGAGUAAAAUACUUAUUGUAGCCGCAUUCCGUUAUAAUAUGAAACCCUGUUUUAUUUUAUGAUUGAGUACAGCUUUCAUUCGCGUGGUGACAGACUGACUUGUGCGCUGGGAAUGACAUUAAUCGAGUUAACAAGAAACCGUUAUUGCUAGCUACAUUAGCUUUAGCUAACCUUAGGUAACGGGACACGGAUUUUGUGUUUCUGGAGAUGGAUGUUAUUUGAAAAAACUUUUAUUAACAACACAACCCCUUGAUACAUCAGUGCUGUGUACGCGGACUGUUUUAAUACGCUGCUAAUGUCGCUGCUAUCAUGAGUUAGCUCGCUAUGUAGCCAAUAUAGGUUAAGAAUCGAUCAGCUGGCUAAACAGGGUCGGAUAGUGGUGUGACGCUUCUGGCUGGAUGACCACUUGAUCACAGUCAUCUGGACUCAGACUGCAAUGUUUAGCCUGAUGGCGAAUUGCUGCAACUGGCUGAAACGCUGGCGAGAGCCUGCAAGGAAAGUGACUCUGGUUAUGGUGGGACUAGAUAAUGCCGGGAAGACAGCCACAGUACGAGGAAUCCAAGGAGAUAAUCCCCAGGAUGUCGCUCCUACAGUGGGUUUUUCUAAGGUUGACUUGAAGCAGGGCAAAUUUGAGGUGACCAUCUUUGACCUGGGUGGUGGGAAGAGAAUCCGGGGCAUCUGGAAGAACUACUACUCAGAGUCACACGGUGUGGUGUUUGUGGUGGACUCCAGCGACGUCCAGAGGAUCCAAGAGACGCGGGAGACCAUGGCUGAGGUUCUCCAGCACCCGCGCAUCGCAGGGAAACCUGUGCUAGUGCUCGCCAACAAACAAGACCAAGAGGGAGCGCUGGCUGAAGCAGACAUCAUUGAGAACCUGUCGUUAGAGAAGCUUGUUAACGAGAACAAGUGUCUCUGUCAGAUCGAGCCAUGCUCUGCCGUUCUAGGCUACGGCAAAAAGGUGGACAAGUCCAUCAAGAAGGGCCUGAAGUGGCUCCUCAACAACAUUGCCAAAGACUACGAGGCCAUUACUGAGCGCGUGCAGAAGGACACAGCUGAGCAGCGCGCUCAGGAGGACCAGGACAAGAAGGAGAGGGCGGAGAGAGUGCGGCGGAUACGAGCGGAGAGAGAACGGCAGGAACGGGAAGAAGCAGAACGCGAGGGCAGGCAGAUUCAGGAAGAGGAGCUUGAUGAUGAAAACAUGCCCAGCCCCUUCCAACCAAUCAGCAACGUGAUCUCUGAGAAUGAGGAUAAAGAAAAGGAGAGGAGGAGGCAAAGAGAGCUGCAGGAGACCAGGACCAACAGCCCGAAGACGGAUGCUGAUCAGGAGGAAGAGGAGUACGAGGAAGAUGAAGAGCCAGACGACACAAGACAAACGCCGGAAAAUGCCAGCUCAGCCACAACAGGUGAGCAAGACAAAAAGAAGACGAGGAAGCUGCACCUGAAGAGGAAGCACAGGGUGGACCCGCUGAGGACAGAGGAGGGGCCAGCAGAGAGCCCCACCCCUCCACCUCCUCCAGUUGGAUGGGCCACACCAAAAGUUUCUAGACUGCCAAAACUAGAACCACUCGGGGACUCGAGACAUUCUGAUUUUUUCAAGAAGCCUCUCCCGCCUCUCGCAAACAGGCCGCGGCCUAACGGCGACGCUCAUGACAUCAUUUUUUAACCUCCUUUUUACUGAUUGAGGUCGUCCAAUCAUGGCUGUCCCCUUUUUGCUUUCUGUCUCAAGUGAGCGGUGUGUAGACAACCAAACACAGAGACACUGCAGACGCGGGGAACCGGUGAGCACCAGAGUGUGAGACACAGGGGCAACAUGGGAGAUGAAGUCCUGCCCGGAAGCUGUCAUGUGGUUUCACAAACUGACACAAUUCAGUGUGAAGCAUCAAACCUGCCUGAACUGACUUAAUGUCAGGUUCUGUCUUCACUCGACAAAAGCACGUUUAGUGCUGAACUCCUUCACUGUAGACUUUAUUUUUUAUUGUUAAUAUCAGUGUUAGACAGUAUGGACUCCAUGUGUCCGACUGAGAUGCUUUUAAUUGACAAAGAAUGUAAAUAUGUCCGCUAUAACCUUAUAAAUGUUCAUGUCUAUUACUGAAUAAUGGAUUUGUAUACAUGCCGCCAUUAAAAAUGGCCAUAAAAUGUUUUCAUGUAUUUUUGCACCUUCGGUUUUGUAGUGUAAACAAAGGUGGAGGUCUUAAGUGGCUUUUCACAGCUGAGUGCUUUAAAUUUGAUCUGUUUAAAGUUAACUAUGGAAGCAAAUAAGAGACAAAAUUAUUUUAAUUUUUAAUAACUAUUGAAUACUUAAAGCAGCUGUGCGGAACUUUUCGUUUUCGUUGAUUAUAGCGCCCCUUUGGUCAAAGCGGUAUGACACCCACAGCCUGGUGUCGUAAAAUCUCGCGUGCAGCUGGCAAUUACUGCAUGCAUUUGUUUUGGAGAGCGAGAGGAUUAACUAACGUCAGGUCAGUCCAAGUAGUUAGUGGAAACAGCAAAAUGACUCAGUAAACUCUCAUGUCGUGUUUCUGUUCUAAUCUAAUCCAACACAGCAAAGCUGUUACCUGCAGCCUUCGCUUGCAAAGCUAACGCUACUAACAUUAGGUCAGUCCAAGUAAUUAGUGGAAACAUGCUAACGUUACACACAAGCUAGUAGUAAAGUAAGACCUGUUCAUAAAUGUUCUGAUGUAGCUCUAAAUUUCUUAUAAACUGAGGACAGCUGCCUGCUGUAUAUUUGUGUUCAUGGUCACAGUCACAGAUAAUUUUGUGGCGUUUGUUGUAAUGUUACUAGACAAAAGCGGUUCACAUCAGCUACAUUUAGCUUGCUUAUAACUUCCAUGUCAUCAUAUACUGAAGUUAAACAACGUCUAACAAGUUGCGGUAUAUUCUCUAAAUAAAAACAAAAAUUACAUACCUGUCGAUUAGGAAAAGGACCAACUCAGGAUCAGUUUUAAAACCUUUCACUUCUCUCAGCUCUCUCCACUUGGUGAAUGGCUGACCGAGGUUUACACUCGUUUGGGCUCGAGCCCUAUCACUGUCCCGUUUAGCCUUCUUCUGUUCUUUUUCUUUUAGAUGGUGCUCCUUCGUUAUCCGCCAUGACAUCAAAAGUACAACCAAGUCCUCAUAGAUACAUCUCUGGUAAAACCGUUAUGUGUUCUGCCCGUUGCGUACUGCUUACUUGGAGAACACUCUCUGUAAACACGGCUCCUUCUUCUGUGGUUUAAUGGCUGCGGGCCGCUGCAGGCGAGCAGAAUUACUUCCGCCUCGGGUGCCGUAUACUGGUUUGCUGACUUCCGCUGUCCGUCCGACCCACGCAAGGCUACGCUAAAUAGCCAUAUAGAGAAAGGCUUUUGUCGCUGUUGGGUUCAAAUAAAUAUGUGGAUCUUCAAGGGGGGGUGAUACGAACUAGGGGCAGUUUUAUUAAUGGUAAAAAGUUCCGCACAGCUGCUUUAAUAUUGAAAUAAAUAUCAAUGAAUUCAUAGCAUUGAAAUACUUAAUUUUAAAAAUCCUGUAUUUGAAUCUAUUUGUUCUGAAUUCACCUUUUAAAAUUAGAAUAUUAAUUUUAUUAAUUUGCAAUAUAAUUUUUUUUUUUUUUUUCCAGUGUUCACAAAUUUAGAUCCAAAAGUUAAAAAAAAAUACUUGAAUUUUGGACCUGAAUUCAACCAAAUGAAUUUUAGCAAUGUCCACAAAUUCAGAUCCAAAAUUAAAAAUAUAUAUAUAAAAAAUCUUGAAUUUUGGAUCUUGAAACUAACCGAUCAGAAUUUAGCUACCCAAAUCUACCUUUGGAACUUUGGAAAAAUGAAAUUUUGAAUCUGAAAUCAACCAAUCACAUUUUAGCAGCCUGAAUCUGCUUUUGAAAAUCCUGAAAGUUGAAUUUUUGGAUCUGAAUUUGUUAACAUUUGAAACAAAAAUAUUCAAAUCAAGAAAUUUUAUAUUGUAAUUUUAAAAAAAGGGAUCCACGAACAAAUAAAAUCAGAUGCAUGGUUCUCAAAGUAAAAUAUUUAGAUGUUAUAAAUGUAGUGGUGUUUAAAUUUCAAUAUCAAGUAUUCAGUGACUUAAAAUUAAAAUAAUUGUUUCUCUCUUUUUUUCCCAUAUUUUCUACACUACGCUGAACUGUACAUGGAGAAGUGUUACACUACAUCAUUGUUGUUAAUUGGUCAGUUUUAGUAAUGACUGUCUUGAUGUUUCAAAUACUGUAAAGUUUUUAUGGCCAGGAAAAGAUUUGUUAAACUGUAAUAGGGAACAUUUUCUGUCCCCUACCAGCAGCAGCAUAAAGAAUCUUUCUAUUUAUUGUUAAACAAAAAUGUAAACAUGUGAAAAUAUAUUUGUCUUUAUUUGUCUACAGGGCUACAGAUUUUCUAUGCGUUGUGCUGUUUACACUGUGUAUCUGUUUUUAAAGUGAUAUUUCUCUCUCUCUGGAGGCAGGAAUCAGCCUCAGACUCGCUGCCUCUCAGGUGGCCCUGAGGUGUGAGCCAGAGCUGCUGCUGCUGCUGCUGUUGUUGUUGUUCCAGCUUUUCUGACUCUGUUUUCUGCACCCAAAAAAAGCUGAAAAUUGCAUCUCAAAAAGCACACAUACAAAUCUGGAGAAAACAACUUGGAACACAACAUUGCCCCAGUUAACUUUGCGUGUGUUGGAAGAGUUUGCAGCGAGACGAUGAGGGAGGAGAGAGUAUCACCACGCCGACACCUGGAACAGCCGAUAUUGGGUCAGAACACAUGAGAAUAUGUGUAGCAAAAGUAAUAUCAGGGAAUAUCACUUUAAAACUACAACACUGUAUUUCAAAUCUACAGUACAGCACUCACUCUCUUGUUAAUGAGCUAGAUGUUUGAAAGAUAUUUUUUCUACACAGUUUGAAUUUUGUAACCGCACAAUUAAAGAUGUUUUAAAUAUAUUCCUGACUGAUCUGAAUCUGUGUUUGUGGUGUCUCUACGUGAUGAGCAGCAGCCACUUGAUAGGUUGGGAGUGUAGUGUUUGUAGCUCUGCAGUGUUUGCCAUGUUUUUAUUUUUGGCUCAACGUGAACAUCAGUUAGUUCAUCACCCACUGCCUGCUUAGCAUGCACCUGUGUCUGUUUGUCACUGCUGAUGUUUAUUCACUAUUUCUGGUGCUGGCUCGUUACUUUAUUGUUGUACUAAGGGUUUCUAUCAUAAGGACUAAGUUUAUAUACUGUCACUGCUUGGAAUUGUAAGAAGCUGAUACAGUGAGACAUUUCAUAUUUU